AAAAAACAUUGAAAGCGUCCCUGCCAUUCAGAGCAGCAGCUGCAGCUUCAGGGAAUAUUUAACUCCACAACAAUGAGUGAAUCACUGGUGGUGUGCGAGGUGGACGAAGAUCUGGUUAAAAAGCUCAAGCAGUUCCGUUUCCGGAAGGAGACCAAUAAUGCGGCCAUCGUUAUGAAGAUUGAUAAAGACAAGCAGCUGGUGAUUCUUGAAGAGGAACAUGAUGAUAUUUCUCCGGAUGAUCUUAAGGAUGAACUCCCCGAGAGACAGCCGAGAUUUGUCGUCUACAGUUAUAAAUACCAACAUGAUGACGGACGCGUUUCCUAUCCUCUCUGCUUCAUCUUCUCCAGUCCAGUGGGUUGCAAACCAGAGCAGCAGAUGAUGUACGCAGGAAGCAAAAACAAACUGGUGCAAACUGUUGAACUGUCCAAGGUGUUUGAGAUCAGACAAACAGAAGACCUAACAGAGGAGUGGCUCAGAGAGAAACUCGGGUUUUUCGGCUAAAGUGAUCUCACGCGGUGGUCUGGGAUGUGAGGAGGAUCCAGAUUGCACAAUCUCUUGGAGAAAACACGUCACAGUUAAUGUUUCCCUCCUCUUUCGUACCAGACCUGAUUUAAAUAGUGUUUGCAAAUAUUUUCUCGGUUUUGGGCCUCUUUGGUAGAGUUUACUGCUUAUUAAUAUUCAGUGUGGCACUAACUAAACCUCUCCCAUCUGGCAGCCUGAAACUGAAAACACUAUUUGACGCAGGUCUUCUUUUGUCUCCCAUACGAUCUCUCCAUGUGCCAGUUAUGUGUCUGUAUUGAAUUAACGCUCCCGUUAUAGCUCUUAAUGGUCAGAAAUUGAUAGUACUCAUCCGCCCUUCCUUAAGCAUGUUCAUCCGGGAAGAUUUUAAAGGCAUUUUAACGGUUUUUGUUUCCUUCAGUAGUUUAAACUCAGCGUAUUUUGCAACUCUGAACCUCCUGAGUUUCACCUUUUUCAGUUUAAUCAUUUUUAAUAAUUUUAGGGCGUCUUAAUUUGAUUAUAUUUUAGUUUUUCUGGCUUGUGUAGGGUUAAGUAAACUUUAUAGCAUUAAUUUCCUUUUUUUGUGACAAACUUCCUGCCAGAACAUCUGAACAAUCACAGUUUCAAUUUGUGCUUUAGUCUCUCCUUCAGUAUUAAUUUAAGGGCAUUUAAAUAUCAUUUUGGUAACAAGUUGUAAUUGCACCAGUCUACAAACAAGACCAUUCCUGAGACUUACAUGUGAUGUGUUGUACCUUCUCCUGUGCACAUGAACAAGCAGGCAGACGCCCUCGAGUGGUGCUCAUCACGCUGCAGAUUAGUCCAUCCUCAGAUCACAUCUUUUCGUCUGUUUAGAGAAAAAACAGUGUGACUCAUGGGUAAAGCUGUACUCUGCCUUUGACCUGCAUAUUUGUUAUAUCACACUCCUGAAAACAAUACUUCCGCUGAAACAUUCCAGUUUAUUACCGACAACAAACCUCCGUCUCUUGCGACCAUGACAGUCUUGAAAACACUGCACACAUGGGGGGGGGCGUUACCGGCCCUCUUUUUAAUCUACUGGGCUACUCUGUGUAAGUGGGUCACUGUGUCUUUAGGGAGAUUGUUAGCUAAUGUUGUGCAUUAUAGCUAUUUGCUGUGUUUAGUGUUAAUGAAUGUUGUUCUGAUGUAAAGCCACGUUGAUCGCUUAGCGGUGGUCGCAGCCUUGAGAAUGACGGCUGUGAGUCCUCCAAACGCCAGUUGUGCUUGAUAUUUAGACUUGGUAGGUAAAAAGGGCAGCAUCGAUUUACAUUUUCCAUACAGAACAGGGGUCGACCUAUAAAGCUUGUUACUGAUAUUUAGGCAUCGAAUGUGCAAGCAGCUCAUAAUUUGUGCCAAUAUCGAAGAUCUACUGUGCGGUCUUUAAGUAUUUGUAGAUUUUUGUUGCUUUUCUCUGCUUUCUAUCACGUCGGGUUUGAAAUGAAACCCAGAUAGAAGUUAACAUGAUGAAUUUUAGCUUUCAGCACAUUUCAAAUCCAGGUCCGGUGUGUAGGAUUUAGGGGGAUACACUGGCAGAAAUAUAAUAAGUAUGUUUUCUUUUAUGUAUAAUCUCCUGAAAAAUAAGAUUUGUUGUGUUUUUUUACCUUAAAAUUAGCUGUUUAUAUCUACGUAAGGAGCGGGUCCUUGUCCACGGAGGCCACCAUAUUUCUACAGUAGCCUAGAAUGGACAAACCUAACACUGGCUCUAAACAGGGCUAUUUGCAUUGUCCUAACAGUCACUAUAGUUAGCAGCUCCUCCGCAACAAGUGAUUAAAAAAUAAACAAAACAUUAAACUACGUUAUUUGUUGUUUUUAGUGGUUUAAAUUACCAGCUCUAUUUGUUUUGAAAAGGAAGAUACUUCUAAAGACAAUUCAGUCCCACUAAAAACCUCCUGAAUGUCUGGAUCUUAAGUUAUUGGUGCAAAAAAUGUGAGUGCUCAUUAGCAGGGUUAAUGGCCCAUCUCUGAAAUGCCAAACAACAUGGGAGAAACACUAACUUGUACUGUGAAGGUGCUUUAUCCAGUGACUUUACUGGUUUUAAUCACUUGAUUUAUUUGUUUUGGAGAGGUAGGGACCUCUGCGGAUAAUUCGGCUUGUGUUAAAAACCUCCUGAACAUUGAAGGAAAUCUAACCAGGAGAACUUUCAGCUGGUUGCAAUUGCCAAUAUCCUCCACAAGAUGCCACUAAAUCCCCCUAAAUCUUACACAAUGUUCCUUUUAAAUGACAUAAAAUGUGUCACUUACAGACUCUAUUGUAUGUUUUUGGCCAUUUUUCAUACCCCAAAGUGGCAGCUCUUCAGUAGGAUCUGCUAAAGAUCCUCUAAAAAAACCAACCCAACACACUAAAACCCCAAAGUUGGAAAUACUUAAAGGAUUAGCGGCUCUUAACAGCAGGCCAACCAGCCCCAGAUAGUUAAAGCCACGUACUUAAAAUCUGCAAUUAAAAUAAAAUUAUAUUGCUGGUGCUACAACCCGGUUUUAUAUGAGUGGUGAGGGAGAAAACUCCAUUAUGCUGAUGGUGGAUGACUCUAGUGGCAGAUUUCCGAUUUCUCAUAAAAGCUUAAUAUCAGCUCUGCGUGUUGGUCCGACCCUGAUAAAGAUAAACAGGCACAAAUGAAUUCCACAUGUUCGCUCAUCAGUGUCGUCUCUUACAGAGAAGCUCCUACUUUGGAGGCGGAUAAAAGAGCAUUGUAGCCGAUUUAAAGCCCCAAAGCAGGAAAUCUCCUCCUACUCGAUUGUAUGAUGUCAUACUAAGUCUACCAUACCAAUGCCUUGUCUUAUUUUUAUAUUUUUUCAUAUUGUCAUCUCUACUUGAAAAAAAUAAUGA